AUGCAUAAGGAAUUAGUUGACUUUGACGAUGCGGUCCGUUUGGUCCAGAGUGGACAGACGCUCGAACAAGCGACGCGUGCUCUACUAGCCGGUAUGACCCAAGCAGAACGACUGUCCUUGCUUGACGGAGACGAGGCCUUUUGGAAAGGUCUGCGCGGAAUCUUGUUCGACCGGUACAACCGCGCGCCCUUCGUUAUGGGCGCCAUUCCACGCUUGAAAGUCCCAGGAAUCCGCUUCACCGACGGCCCGCGCGGCGUCGUGAUGCAUUCCUCAACCUGCUUCCCAGUGUCAAUGUCCAGGGGUGCGAGCUGGGAUGUCGCGCUUGAAGAACGCAUUGGAGACGCCAUCGGCCUCGAGGGACGUGCCCAGGGAGCUAACUAUUUUGCCGGGAUUUGUAUAAACCUUCCACGGCAUCCUGCCUGGGGACGUAUACAGGAGACCUAUGGUGAAGAUCCCAUACUUCUCGGCGAAUUCGGUCUGGCACUGCAUCGUGGCGUCCGCCGGUAUCUCAUGACCUGCGUUAAGCACUACGCAUUGAACUCCAUGGAAAACGCCCGCUUCAAUGUCGAUGUGCAGGUUGACGACGCAGCCCUGCACGAAGUCUACCUCCCGCACUUCCGCCAGCUGGUAGAAGCGGGAGUCUCGUCCGUCAUGUCCUCAUACAAUUCCGUGCGCGGUGAAUUCGCCGGACAAAACCAAGAGCUCCUGAACGACAUUCUCCGCAAAGAGUGGCGAUUUGGCGGGUUUGUGCUAUCCGAUUUCAUCUUCGGGCUGCGAGACGCUGUCAAGUCUAUCAAGAAUGGACUCGACAUCGAAGCACCCUUCCAGCAACAACGCGCCCUGCACGUAUCCGAAGCACUGGCCCGCGGGGACCUGGCUUGGUCUGACAUCGACCGCUGCUGUAUGCGGAUCCUUCGCGCGCAAUUAGAGCACACGGUGCGCACGGGACGAGCGACCCCUGACUGUUCUGUCGUCUUCUGUGACCGGCACAGAGAGUUGGCCCGCGAGGCUGCGGCGCGAGGAAUGGUGCUACUCAAGAAUGAUCCCGCAUCGGAUGUUCCUCUGCUUCCAUUGGACCCUGCAAAGGUUCGCACGUUGGCUAUCGUCGGGCGGCUUUCCAAUAGGGCAAACACUGGCGACAGGGGAUCCUCGGCCGUAUUCGCGCCGAAUGUGGUUACCUUUUACGAGGGUCUCAAGGCGGCUCUCCCAGAUGCAACUAUCCUCCUACAAGACACAGACAGUGUUGAAGAGGCCCAGAAGGUUGCCGCAUUAGCGGAUGUCGUCCUCUGCGUGGUAGGGUACGACGCCGUGGAUGAGGGUGAGUACGUGGUCCCCUCCUUCGCAGACCAAAAGGAGCUACUCGACCUCCUCCCGCCAGCCCUAGAUCGCGAAGACGCGAAGGUCUACGAUACCAUCAAGGGUCAAAAGAGUACCGGCUUUGGCGCUGGUGCUGAGGACAGUGACGCGCUAGUGCCAGGAGCCGGAGGGGAUCGCAGGUCCCUCCGACUACGGGAUCGCGACGUGGAGAUCAUCAGAGCCGUGGCCGCUAUAUCAUCAAAAGUCAUUGUCAGCGUCGUGGCGGCUGGAGCCGUCAUUAUGGAUGAUUGGCUUGACAGCGUCCCGGCACUGCUCUUCGCUUGGUAUAGCGGCGGAGAAGGAGGGCACGCGUUGGCAGAUGUUCUUCUCGGAAAGGUCGACGCGAGCGGGCGCAUGCCCUUUUCAACCCCUAAAGCCGAGGAGCAUCUGCCCUACUUUGAUAUUGCUGCCGAGAAGAUCACAUACGACCGCUGGUUUGGACAGCGGCUCCUUGACAAGCUCGGCGUGGCUGCGCAAUUCCCCCUUGGCUACGGCCUUUCCUACACGACGUUUGCUAUGGACGGGGUGGCCAUUGAUGCAAGCCCUCUUGAUUGGGGUAUGGACCGUUUCACUGUCAGAACUAUGGUCGUGAACACAGGGUUGCGCAGUGGCAGGCAUGUCGUCCAAGUCUAUGGAACGCCCCAGGUACCUGAUUUUCCCAGCAGAGUUCUACUUGGAUUCCAGAGCGUCGAACUGGAUUCGAAUGAAAAGAAACAAGUCAGCGUGAAGUGCUCGACGAGACCAUUGAAGCGCAGGAGUAGGAAUAGAUUCUUGUCAGUGGAACAGACAAUUGGCGUUGAAAUCGCAAGGUAUUCUGGAGAUAAAGAUUGUUUGAAAGCUAUUAUCUCCCUCCCGUAA